UUUUCAUAUUCACCCUUUCCAGUCUCUCUCUCUCUAUCACUCACUCAUUCUCUCACUCUCCCAUCAUUUGUCCAGUUUCAUAACAUCUAUUUUGGAUUAAUAUCAUCAUGAGUGGAGGAAAUAUCAAGGUCGUCGUAAGAUGUCGACCGAUGAAUUCAAGAGAAAUUGCGAGAGGAGCAGUGGGAUUGAUUCGUAUGGAAGGCAACCAAACUAUUAUUUCAAGACCACCUGAUCAAAGAACCGGAAAAGACUCUGAAGACGUAAAGGCCUUUACAUUUGAUAAAUCUUAUUGGUCUGCAGAUAAGAAUGACCCACGUUAUGCAGACCAACAAACUGUAUAUAAUGAUUUGGGUGUUGACUUGUUGAACCAUGCGUUUGAUGGAUACAACUGUUGUAUAUUUGCAUAUGGUCAAACCGGUGCUGGUAAAUCAUAUUCCAUGAUGGGUUACGGUGAAGAUAAAGGUAUCAUACCACGAACAUGCUCAGCACUAUUUGAAAGAAUACACCAAAAUCAAGAUCCUAAUUUGACACAUCGGGUGGAAGUGUCGUACAUUGAAAUUUACAACGAAAAAGUACGCGAUCUACUCAAUCCGAAAAACAAGGGAAAUCUCAAAGUACGUGAACAUCCUUCCUUGGGUCCUUAUGUAGAAGAUCUUUCAAAAUCCGUCGUCACUUCAUUUGAUGAUAUCGAAAACUUGAUGGACGAAGGCAAUAAGGCACGUACUGUGGCAGCCACCAACAUGAACGAAACCUCUUCUCGAUCUCAUGCUGUAUUCACCUUAAUCCUCACACAGAAACGGUUGGACGAUCUUACAAAAUUAGAAACCGAAAAAGUCGCACGUAUCAGUCUAGUUGAUUUAGCUGGUAGUGAAAGAGCAAACAGUACAGGAGCUACAGGAGCGCGAUUAAAAGAAGGUGCCAACAUCAAUCGAUCGUUAACCACUCUUGGUAAAGUCAUUGCUGGACUUGCAGAACAAGCAACGCAAGACGGAAAGAAGGGGAAAAAAAAGGAAGUGUUUAUUCCGUACAGAGACUCGGUACUUACUUGGCUUCUUAAAGACUGUCUCGGAGGAAACUCUAAAACAACAAUGAUUGCAGCGAUCUCGCAAUGUGAUUAUGAUGAAACACUAAGUACACUUCGAUACGCAGAUCAAGCAAAGAAGAUCAAGAACAAGGCUAUUGUGAAUGAAGAUCCAAAUGCUAAGCUAAUUCGAGAACUAAAGGAGGAGCUUGAGGUGCUGAGAGAUAGGUUGAGGACAUACGCACCAGAGGAAGUAGAACAACUUGCGGCUAAUAGUGCAUACAAGUCUGGCAAUAAUAGUACUACUGCAGCUAGUCGGUCAUCAGCAGCAGCUAUACCCAAAAAGAGUAUAUCAGAAAUCGAAAUAAAAGAUAGUAAAGGAAAUGUAAAGAAAAUGUCCAAGGAAGAGAUUGUUGAACAAUUACAAAGUUCAGAAAAACUGCUGGCUCAUCUCAAUGAAACUUGGGAAGAACGACUGAAAAAGACAGAGCAGAUACACUUGGAAAGAGAAAAGGCAUUAAAAGAACUAGGUAUUACUAUAGAAAAAAAUGAAACAGGCGUUUAUGCACCAAAGACGAUACCCUUCAUUGUCAACCUAAACGAAGAUCCUCUCAUGUCUGAAUGCUUGAUGUAUCAGAUUAAACCUGGUACAACAAAACUGGGCAGAAUGGAUAGUGAUGUGUACGCAGAUAUUCGUCUAAGUGGGCCCAACAUUCAAGACGAUCAUUGUACAUUUGAAAAUAAUAAUGGUGUAGUCACGUUAAGCCCUGGAGUAGACUCUCUUGUCAUGGUCAAUGGUCAAAGAAUAACCAAGCCACGACAGCUCAAGAAUGGGUAUCGUAUUAUUCUUGGAUUUUAUCACAUAUUCCGCUUCAACAACCCAGAAGAGGUCAGAAAGGAAAGGGAGAACAGUAUCAGUGUCAAUAAUAACCUUAGUCUCAGUGGCAGUCUACCACCUGAUUCUCCUAUUACAGACACAAACCCCAACAUGACUGGAUCAGAAGUGAUUGACUGGAACUAUGCCAGAAGAGAAGCAGUACUAAAUUAUUAUUCUGCAGAACAAAACCUCAGUGACUUGAAUGACGAAGAACUAGAAAAGUUGUAUGACGGAAUAGCAAAGAUUAGAAAUUCGAGAAGAACAAGAUGUGAAAGUAGAACGGAUAAUAAUGAUGACAAUGAAUCAACUACAACAAGGGAUUCAUCUUAUAGGAAUUCGUCACUGGUUAAUAUGGAAGAUGGUCUGGAAAGUGUAUACACAGAUAUCACAUCAACAAGCGAAUACAUGCUAGAAGAAAAACUAAAGCAGGACAAAGAAAGAAUGCAGAGAGAAUUGGAUAACCAAAAGAGGGUCUAUGAAGCCAAAAUACAAAGAAUGUCUAGACAACUGUCAGCGCAGGUGCAACAGCCUAUUCAGCAAUACACUGAGAGAGAAAUGCAGCUCAUUACAAAAGUACUUCACAGGUGGAAAAAGCUACGAACUGUUGACAUGGCAGAGGUUAUAUUAACAAACGCCGUUAUGUUAAAAGAAGCAAAUAUCAUUGCAAGAGAGCUUAAGAAGCAAAUCAUAUACCAGUUUACCAUUAUACAACAAAAUGAGCCACUAACAUCCAGCUUGGAAUAUAACCUUAGUCAAUUUGAAACAGAUGAAGAUUCAGCGUUAAUAACAACACCAAAGCCAUGUAUUGGAAUAAGAGUCAUUGACAAAAAGAAUCAAGCGAUCUAUAUUUGGUCGAUUGAAAAACUAAAGCAGAGAUUGCAUAAAAUGCGAAACCUGUACAACUUUAUGGAUCGACCUCAGUAUAGAAAACACUUUAAUUGGGAAGACCCUUUCUUUGAAAAUCCUUGUCCAAAAUAUACCAUGAUCGGCUUAUCCUUUGUACCCAUGGUUAAUCUCAUACAUCAACAGCCUUAUGAAGGUUCAUUUGACAUUACCUGUCAGUUCAAUGGUCAGCAUAGAGGAAAGCUAAAAAUACAGAUAUCCCCUCUAGCAAGGUCGGUUGCCGUACCCACAAACACCGAAAAAUCCAUUUUAAGGCAUCCAUUGCUAUCAUCUUCCCCUCAACCGUUGUUCCCUGAAAAUGACGAUUCAGAUGACGAAGAUUCGGAUACUGAAGGUAAUAUGCUACAAAACGAUCAUACAACACUAUCUGUUGGCCAAAACUUGCUAUUUGAAAUCAAGAUUAUUGAAUUCAGCGGCAUUAGUGAAUCUGAAUUCACCGAUAUCCAUAUCCAGUUUAGACUCUCAUCAUUUGGUGGCAUCCCACCUUAUUCUCCUGCUGAAAAAAUAUUCGUAACGGAACCUGCCAGUUUCUUUGAAAACAACCCUGUUCAAGUAGAUUUUGCUCAAACUAUUUCCUUGGUUGUCACACCAAAUGUGCUUCAUGUCCUCAUGUAUGGAUUCAUCACAUUUGAGGUCUAUGGUCAAGCUCAGACCCGAGUCCUUUCACAACAGGAAAGAUGGGAUGACCAACGAGAAAAGCCUCCUCGGUUACCUGGAAACUCGGCCGAGUCAGUACAUUCAUCAUCUGGCAGCAGUAUGGCCGAUUCGGCAACAGUGGGCUCACUUGAGCGCAUCUCUGAAGAAGAGUUACUGACAGCAGAAAGACACGAUGUCGUAGCAUGGAUUGAGAUACAGGAACUCACUCCUUCAGGCGAGUAUAGCCCAAUGCAAAUCACAUGCAAGAACGCGCUGGACAAGGGCUACUUUACCUUACGACAAGGCUUACAGCGACGUAUCUGCUUUACACUCAUGCAUACCUCAGGUCAUCAAUUUGAAUGGACACGUAUAAAGAGUGCAUCUAUUGGCCAUGUUCGUCUGCUGGACGGUAAAGGUCGUAUACUUGAAACACCUGCACAGGAAAAUAUACCCAUCAAACUCCUAAGUCGUCAACAAGUCAUCUAUCGCUCGGACGGAACAAGUCAGCUGACAGCCCAGGCUGCUUGGGAUAGCUCACAGCACGAUUGCAUCUUUUUAAACAGGCUGACGGAUCUAAACAGUCGCGUCAUUCUUAAUCUCAUGUGGGAAGUGGAAGCCGAACGAUGUCAGAAGCCAAUCCGGUUCAAUAUGGACAUUGCAAUUCAAAUUCAAAGCAGAGACCGUUCCUUACGUACUAGUAAAUUGUCAAGUCUCAAGAGGUUGUGGUACCCUACUGCUGCAAGAACACUGACGAAAUACAGUGGCGUGUUUUCUGUGCAUCUUAAGCCACCCAUGACACGAAGAACAAGCCAGCUCUGGCGUUUGAAUACUGCCACAAAGUAUGUUCAUGGUGAGGAACUUUUGGGAUCAUGGAAACCACGUGGCGUGUCUUUAGUACAGGACUUUAAUUCGAUGCAAGAGAGGAUAAAUCGUAAAAAUCAAGUGGCCUUUACUCGUCAAAUUUUGAAUCUAAAGAAGCAACAAGUGCAGCAAAUAGAACAAGUUAAAGAAGCAGCUACAGAUGAACAAGAACGACAGUUAGCCUUAUUGAAGAAAAUAGUGGACUUGUGGCAGUUAAAACUUGGUACAGAUAAAGAAAUUGUAAUCAGUCAAGAUCCACCUGUGCAAAUGGAUUUGCCGAUAACAGUUCAAAGAGAAGAGCUACAAAGCACUGCUAAGCUUUUGGCCGAAGUCGAGUUUGUGAAUCAACCAGCCAAUGUGUCCAAGAAGGGAUACUUGUUAUACCAGCAGGAUGCGGCAAAGGAUCUUUGGAUAAAGAGAUGGUUUGUCAUUCGUAGACCGUAUAUUUACAUUUACACAAAUGAUACCGAGUCAGACGAACAGGGUGUCAUUAAUGUAGCCUCUGUUAGAAUUGAUUAUAAUGAAGCACUUGAAAAGAUGAUACAAAGAACUAAUGUUUUUGCCGUUUAUACCAAUAAUAAUGCUUAUACCUUACAAGCAGGAGCAAGACAGGAAAUGAUUCAAUGGAUUCAAAUGAUUGAUCAAAAAUUCCCUUUGGAUACAAUAACAACAUGAUCUUAAUAAAACAACAUGUUAUGUAAUACUUUUUAUAUUAAUGAAAUGUAGCCUAUAUCGCGUUAUGUUUAGAAGGGGUUGUUACAAUGAAAUCAUGGAAACCAUUUAAAAAUCUAGGAGACAGUUGAGGGCAGAAGAUAGAAUGCUUUACACCAGUUCAUAAUGAGUAUCCUAUAAAUCGGCAACAAAUACAGUACGACUUUUAUUAACUCUACAUGAACUUAUACUACUUAAUGAGCACGGUAUGACUGACUUUACUAUUAAGUUGAUGAGAUUGCUUUCUAGGUUUAGGCACCAUAGGUUAUUUAUACUCUU